AUCUGGAUCCGCCUACACGGAACUCAGUCACACACACACAUACAAUCCAGAACUCUCUUACAGAUGAGCUGAUCUGUGUCUUUGACACGAGCAGAUAAAGAAAAUAACGGACUCGCUUCAACACUUUGGGAUCUUCGGAUUGUGAGGCAUUAUGGGUCGCGGAGGCUGCAGUUUGUGGGCUCAAACAUCUGUUCUUCUGUGUUUCUGUCUGUUGCAGGUGGAGAGUUUCACCCUCAUAAAGACCAACCUCUGUAAAUGGUGUGACCACUCGAGUCCUGUAUGUGAAGACAAUGUCUGCAUGAGCAACUGCAGUCUGACCUCUUACUGUACUCUGACUGAAGAAGUGUGUGUAGCGAUAUGGAAGAAGGAUAAUGUGAGCAUGAGCGUGCGGACGCUGUGUUAUAACCCGAAGGAUAUGCUGGAGAACAUAAUGCUGGCAAACUAUUCCUCCAAAGAGUGUUUGAUGACACCUCAGCCCUCUGAAGAUGGCCUGCUCUUCAUCUGCGGCUGUACCGGAGUUCACGAGUGCAACGACAAACUCGUCUUCGACAAAGGAGCCAAUGGAUUCUCAAAGCUGAAGUCUAAAGACGUCAUUCCAGUAGUAGUCAUAAGCUUGGUUCCACCCCUUCUGGUAGCUGUCAUUGCCACCAUGGCUUUUUAUUUGUACCGCACACGUCAGCCUGGCAAGAAACCCAAAGACUGGGGACCACGACGCACACACUACCAGUCUCUGGAUCCAGCCGAGGGCCAAGUAAAUGGCAGCGAUUACCGUGGCAAGCUGUCGUCCCUCAGCGAUGACGUCAAUUCAGAAAUAUCAUCGACUUGUGCCAAUAACCUAAACCACAACACAGAGCAGCUGCCCAUUCAGCUGGAGGUUUUGGUGGGUAAGGGGCGCUUCGCAGAGGUAUGGCGGGCACGGCUCAGUCAUAAUGAAGGUGGGCAGUACGAAACGGUGGCUGUGAAGAUCUUCCCGGCGGUGGAGUAUUCCUCAUGGUGUAACGAAAGAGCAAUAUUCUCUGAUGCCAACUUAAAACAUGAAAAUGUGGUGCAGUUCCUGACGGCUGAGGAGCGGGGUGGUACUGCUCCUGCCUCCCAGAGGCAAUACUGGCUCAUCAUGGCCUAUUACAACAUGGGCAACCUUCAGGACUUUCUAGCUGGCCACAUCCUCACAUGGACCGAGCUGUGUUCACUGGCAGGCUCUAUAGCGAGAGGCCUGGCGCACCUGCACAGUGACACAACGCCCUGCGGCACACCAAAAGUGCCCAUCGCCCAUAGAGAUCUGAAGAGCAGCAACAUUGUGUUGAAGAACCACAGCGAGUGUGCACUCUGUGAUUUCGGACUGGCUCUGCGACUCGACCUCUCCCUCACCGUUGAUGAUUUUGCCAACAGCGGACAGGUGGGGACAGCACGCUAUAUGGCCCCUGAAGUUCUGGAGUCCAGGGUGAAUCUAGAGGACUUGGAGUCCUUCAAACAGAUUGAUAUCUACUCCAUGGCCCUGGUGCUGUGGGAAAUGAUCUCUAGGUGUGACGUCAUAGGAGAGGUAAAGAGUUACGAACCCCCAUUUGGCUCCAAGGUGUGUGAGCAACCUUGUGUAGACAGCAUGAGAGACCUGGUGUUAAGAGACAGAGGGCGACCAGAUAUUCCAGCGAGCUGGACGACGCAUCCAGGCAUGCAGCUCUUGUGUGCGACUAUAACAGAGUGCUGGGAUCAAGACCCGGAGGCUCGUCUGACGGCACACUGUGUGGUGGAGCGCUUUAACACUCUGGCACAGGAAGAGCUGGAGAACUCCAUCUGCUCCCACACACCCAUAUUGCCAUCAACAGAAGACCAAACCCCAUCCCUCCCCUCCCUUCCUCCCUGCACGGACCACAGCACUGGCAUCAGUCCGCAUGUUACAGCUGACACGCAGCUCUCAGUUUCCAGGCAACCGAGUCAAAUGUGACCUGCCUGGAAAAAUCAAGACUUGUUCUUGUAAUGCAUAUUGAUUCAUUAUGUGGAGCUGGUCUCCGUUUUUCUUUAAACGCUAAUCUAAAUUGACGGACAAAAGAGGGUUUCCAUUCUAAAAUAUCCUUAUUUUCUUGUACAAUGUUGUAAAGGAUGUAGCCGAGAUGAAACUUUCUAAAGGCUUCUUUGUGCCUUAAAGCAACUAAAAAGAAAACAAAAAAACAAAACAAAAAAAAAAGCUAUUGCAGGUGGAGAAGUUAAGGGUAGAGAAGUUAAGGGUACGUGGCAGAGAGUUGAAAAGUGCGCCAUUCUUACUAAAAUGUUUUUCCAAAAAUGUUUACCACACAUAAUUUUCUGAUUUAAAAUUUUCCAUUGCCCUUUCUGACUCACUCACUUAUGAAAACCACGUGAUUUUCCCAUAAACUCGGUUUUGGGGGACUUCAAUUUGAUUAACCGCAGACCUGCAGCUGAAAUUACGACUCAAAAAGACGAUACACCAGCAAUAUAACUUCUGUUUUUAGACAUAAAAAGACCAUUUCAUUUUAUUGCUCACAUAGGGUUGUAUUCCUUUCAACUAAUUUUAGAAUAGCUUCAAAAUGUGAUUUGAAUCUGAUGUUCCUUUGCUCUGAAUGAGUUUUUUUGCACUGACCCUUUUUAACCACUGACCUGAUUAUUUUAAUUAAAUAACUACAUGAAGGCUUUUUAUCUGGGAUUAUCAAUGUCCUACUUCAGAAGUUAAGGAACAUCCUGUUCAUUCUAGACUUUGAUAAUCAAUUAGCUUAUCCUAAUUAAAAGAACAAAAGGAACUUUUAAAAGAUUCAUCAGACUCGCUUCUGAUGGUAAACAGGAUUCAAUAAGCUAACGAUUUGAGUUACAUCAAUGAGCUCGGGUCUCAGACAAAGAGAAAAGCAUGACACUGACUUGUCUAGUUUCUAAACAGCCUGCACUUACACUCCAGCAAAACUUUUUAAAGCAAUCUGAGGUUCACCCAAAAUUCUACAGAGCUACUUUGAGGGACAGGGAAAAUUCAUACCAGAUUGCACACUGGAAAAAGAACUAAUGGAGAUAAAUACUUUCUGUGCGAAUGUCAACAUGAGCAUAUGGCAACCUGUUAUGCUUUUUCCAUUACUGAAGAUGAAGCAAACAAAGAUGUGUUGAGUCAUUUUGCCCAUUCCUAGUGUGAACUGGCUUCACAGCUGUGCAGUAAUCACUACAUAAAAUGUAUAUGUACAACGUGUCCAUAGACUUUUUAACCAGCAUUUUUGGGGUUACAUUUUUUACACUACAAUUCAAAAGUCUGAGGUCAGUGAUGUAUAUUGAUGUUUUUAAAAUAACCUCUUAUGCUCUCCAAGGCUGCAUUUAUUUGAUCAAAAAUGCAGUAAAAAAGUAAUUGUGAAAUAUCUUUAGUGUCACAUGAUCCUUGAGAAAUCAUUUUAAUAUGCUGAUUGGGUGAGCAAGAAACAUUUCGUAUUAUCAAUGUUGAAAAUGGUUGUCCUGCUUAUUAUUUUUGUGGAAAUCGGGACACAUUUUUUUCAGGAUUCUUUGAUGAAUAGAAAGAAUCAAUAUUUGAAAUAAAUAUAGUUUUGUAACAAUGUAAAGUCUUUACUGUCAUUUGAUAAAUUUAAUGCAUCCUUGCUGAAUAAAAGUCUCUUUCUUUUUCUUUCUUUCUUAAAAAUAAAAAAAUCUUUCUGACCCCAAACCUUUGAAUGGUAGUGUACAGUAAAACAGUAUAAAAGGGAAACUAUAUUUUAGGUGCAGUACGUUUUUCUACAUUUGUAAUCACUGUUUUGUAUGGAAACCUUUUUCUGCCUCUAAAAACAACAAAACUGGUAAUUGUGAGAAAGUUUAAAAUAUGAAAUAGUCUCAUUCUGAGAUAUUAAGUCACACUGUGACAUGAUAAAUCAAAAUUAGAUAUAAAGUCGCAAUCGCAAGAAAUAAAGUUGCAAUUAAGAGAAAUAAGGUUGCAUUGACAAUUAUAAAAGAUAUUAAGUUGCAAUUGUAAGAUAUAAAGCUACAUUAUGUAAAAUAGUGACAAAUGUGUCACAAUUACCUUUAUUAUUUUUGUACUCUAAGGCAGAAAAGGGCUUCCCCAGAUUUGCCUUCCCUGGAUUAUUUUAAAUGGUCCUGCAAUGUGAAAAAAUAUCAAUGUUUAUGAAGAACAAAAUAUUCCAAUAAUUAAAGGGUUAGCUCACCCAAAAAUGAAAA